AUGGCGUCCCAACCUUUCCUCGAGGCCAUCGAGUCCCGCCGCACAUUCUACCAACUCUCCAAAUCCUCUCCCGUCUCCGACACCCGUAUCCAAGAGAUAAUCAAACAUGCCGUCCUCCACGUCCCCUCGUCAUUCAACUCACAAAGCACCCGAGUGAUCCUCUUAGUCAAGGAAGAGCACGACAAGUUAUGGGAGAUCACCAAGACCGUUCUAAAGGGCAUUGUGUCUGAAGAACAAUGGACCGCCACAGAGCAAAAGCUAAACAUGUUUAAAGCCGCCUACGGAACUGUCCUAUUCUUCGAAUCCCGCAGCACCGUCGCAGGAAUGCAAGCAAAGUUCCCCUUAUACGCCGAUAAAUUCCCCGUCUGGGCCUCUCAAUCCGACGGCAUGCACCAAUUUACCAUCUGGACCGCCCUUGAAGCCGAAGGAUUAGGCGCCAACCUGCAGCAUUAUAACCCUCUUAUCGACGAGAAGGUGGCUAGUGAGUGGAAUGUGGACCCGGAUUGGAGUUUGAAUGCGCAGUUGGUUUUCGGGAAGCCUGAGGGAGGUGCGGGUAACAAGACGUUUAUGAAGGUAGAGGAGGAGAGGUUUAGGGUCUUUGGCGCUUAG